UUUUUAGAACGCAGCGAAUCACAUUCGAAAGAGCGACAAUUUAAACCACGGGAGAAGAUCAGUGGAGUGUUGAGCUGUUUAAACCAGUUUGUGCUGCAGAUUGCAAAGUGAAGCGAGUUCAAAAAUGGCGCUGCGUAUAACCAGGAGCACUCGCCUGCCCAGCAGCGAGAACCAGAACCCCGUGGCUGGGAAGGCGGUCACCGCGAACAAGCCUGUGCUGAGGCCGCGGGCCGCGCUGGGGGAAAUCGGGAACGCGGCUCUGCCUCGACAGCCUCUCAGGAAGAAACAGGAGGUGAAGGUUGCACCUGUGGUGGUUGAAGAAAAGAAGGUCCCUGAGCCAGUUCAACAGCCAAAACAGGAGCCAAAACAGGAGCCAAAGCAGUUGCCUAAAGUGGAAAAUGAGAUAUUUUCUGAGCCGUCCUCUCCUGUGCCCAUGGAAACAUCUGGCUGUGCCCCAGAUGAGCUGUGCCAGGCUUUCUCUGAUGUGCUUCUCAAUAUCAAAGAUGUAGAUGCUGAUGACUACGACAAUCCCAUGCUCUGCAGUGAAUAUGUGAAGGACAUCUACAAAUACCUCCGGCAACUUGAGGCUGAUCAGGCUGUCAAGCCAAGGUAUCUGGAAGGAAGGGAAGUCACUGGGAACAUGCGUGCCAUCCUUAUUGAUUGGCUCGUCCAGGUCCAAAUCAAGUUUCGGCUACUGCAGGAGACCAUGUACAUGACUGUUGCGAUCAUCGACCGCUUUCUUCAGGAUCAUCCUGUUCCAAAAAAGCAGCUCCAGCUGGUUGGUGUAACUGCUAUGUUCAUUGCCUCCAAAUAUGAAGAAAUGUACCCACCCGAGAUUGCAGACUUUGCCUUUGUGACGGACCGUGCCUACACCACUGCACAGAUCCGGGAUAUGGAGAUGAACAUCCUGAGAGUCCUGAAGUUCAGCUUUGGCAGACCCCUGCCACUCCAGUUCCUCCGAAGGGCCUCAAAAAUUGGAGAGGUUACAGCAGAGCAGCACACUUUGGCUAAGUACUUUGUGGAGCUUACCAUGGUGGACUACGAUAUGGUGCACUUUGCUCCCUCUCAGGUUGCCAGUGCUGCCUUUGCCCUCAUGCUGAAAGUCUUCAACUGUGGUGAAUGGACCCCCACGCUGCAAUAUUACAUGGGCUACGCAGAGGACAGCCUUAUCCCUGUAAUGCAGCACAUUGCUAAGAAUGUUGUCAAAGUCAAUGAAGGACUCUCAAAGCAUCUGGCGGUUAAGAACAAGUACUCCAGUCAGAAGCAAAUGAGGAUUGCAUCCAUCUCUCAGCUUAAGUCAUCGAUGAUCAAGGACCUCGCCAAGCAAGUCUCCUAGUGAGAUUGGAAUGGACUCUAGCACUAUGUGCUGAUUUUGUAAAAAUUGUAACUUAAUUGCAUGCUUUUACUUGACAUUUUAAGUGUUUUUGAAGUGUAUGGAAAGUGAUUUUAAGGUUGUGCAUUUGGCCAGGAUGCUUUAUUCUACACUGCCAAUGUCUUUAUUCUACACUGCCAGGUCAAUGUAACCUAUUCAUGUGUUUAAGAUGUGCAAUCUUGAAUUUUUUUUCUUAAAUUUUACAAUAAACCUUUUAAAUGUUAA